GGAAGUUAGAUUAAAGUCUCACCUAGAUAUAGUGUAUUUGAUUUGACGAGACCACUUUUUAUUUUAGUAAAAAAAAAAGAGAGACUCCAUUAAAAGCAGAGAGAGAGAGUAGUACGUCAAAAGGCAAAAGCCAAGCCAGAAAAUAUUUAAAGCAACAACGUGAAGCACUUGAAAACACGAUUGAGAUAUAUCCAACCAAACCAAAAACCCUAUUCGUUGUAGCUACGGCGGAUUUGGCGGCGGCGGCUAAGUGUUUUAGUGUUUUACAAGUUAACCAAAUAAGCCAUCACCGGAAUCCAGUGCAAGAAAUCUCAAUCCACCCUUUUGAACACAAUUCUUUACUUUCUCAAUUCCUAAUUCCGAGGAGCAGAAACAGCAGCAGCAACGGCGUUUGGCAGAGCAAUAGUAACGGUUACUAUAGCUAUGGAUAUGGAGGAGGAUACGUGGAGAAGAGACAACUAUUCCUUAAGAGCUACCAAUUCUCGAGGAAACAGAGUUUCACAGAGAAGAUUAAGAUAUCCAUGAAGAGAGUGGUGAAGAAAGUUGUUUGUAUGAGGUUGAAAUCUGCUAGAAGAUUGAAACGCGUCGUUUGGUCGCGGCUGAAAACGGCGUUUUUCUACCGCCGUAGACGUUUCCUUCGUCUCCUUCAUCCAAACAAAUCCUCUUCCUACUGUUUCUACUAGGUUUCUCUUUUCUCUUCUUGUCUCUGUUUUCUUCGUUGAUGUGUGUCCUGCAUAGUUAGCUGCGUGCUUAAAAUUAAGAUUUAUGUUGUUUUAUUCACUAAAUGAUCUUGUUAUGUUUAAGGAUUGUGGUCAAAAUUUUCGACUUUUUGUUUUGUGAUUUAGAAAGAGACUUUAGGAUAUGAAAGAUCAUGCAGGAAAUGAAAUGUGAACCUAUCGUCAGAUUCAGUUAAUGUUCGUAUUAUUAUAUCAAUUAAUGUAUUUUGUGAAUCAUAGUCAUAACGCAAUAACGUAAACGAGUCAAGUUCCUCUUUUCUCGUGUCCUCUUCCCCAACAAGUCAGUGAUACGUUUUCGUAAGCGAGUCUGUUUUUCUUACCAAUCAUUUUCUAAAGAU